GCCUUCACGGGGCGCGGGUCUGACGUCUGCUCUCGGGCCCAUCCAACCUUGCGGAGGCCCCGGCGGUGGCAGCAGCCGCGGAGGCCGCACACAACCCAACUGUACCAGCACGUGCCCGAGACCCGGUGGCCAAUCGUGUACUCGCCCCGCUACAAUAUAACCUUCAUGGGCCUGGAGAAGCUGCAUCCCUUUGACGCCGGAAAAUGGGGCAAGGUGAUCAGCUUUCUAAAAGAAGAGAAGCUUCUGUCAGACGGCAUGCUGGUAGAGGCCCGGGAAGCCUCAGAGGAAGACCUGCUGGUGGUGCACACGAGACGUUAUCUCAACGAGCUGAAGUGGUCCUUUGCUGUCGCUACCAUCACAGAAAUCCCCCCUGUCAUCUUUCUCCCCAACUUCCUUGUGCAGAGGAAGGUGCUGAAGCCCCUUCGGAUCCAGACAGGAGGAACCAUAAUGGCGGGGAAGCUGGCAGUGGAGCGAGGCUGGGCCAUCAAUGUGGGUGGUGGCUUCCAUCACUGCUCCAGCGACCGGGGAGGGGGCUUCUGCGCCUACGCAGACAUCACGCUCGCCAUCAAGUUUCUGUUUGAGCGAGUGGAGGGCAUCUCCAGGGCCACCAUUGUUGAUCUUGAUGCCCAUCAGGGCAAUGGGCACGAACGGGACUUCAUGGGUGACCAGCGUGUGUACAUCAUGGAUGUCUACAACCGCCACAUCUACCCUGGAGACCGCUUUGCCAAGCAGGCCAUAAGGCGGAAGGUAGAGCUGGAGUGGGGCACCGAGGAUGACGAGUACCUGGAUAAAGUGGAGAGGAACCUCAAGAGAGCCCUUCAGGAGCAUCCUCCCGACAUCAUGGUGUACAACGCAGGCACCGACAUCCUCGAGGGGGACCGCCUUGGUGGGCUGUCCAUUAGCCCACAGGGCAUCGUGAAGCGGGAUGAGCUGGUGUUCCGGGUGGCCCGCAGAUGUCAGGUGCCCAUCCUCAUGGUGACCUCAGGCGGGUACCAGAAGCGCACAGCCCGCAUCAUUGCUGACUCCAUCCUUAAUUUGUAUGACCUGGGGCUCAUUGGUCCUGAGUCAGCCAGCAUCUCAGCACAGAACUCAGACACACCUCUGCUACUCUAGGAGUUGCCCUGACUGCACUGCCCUUCGAAGCGGUUCUCUGCCUGCCUCCCACCCUGCCCACCCCUCAGUGCUUCUCCUUUUCUAACCACAUGGGAUGGCAGGGCAGCUGCUAGGGGCCCUGAAGGGCCUGGGGCUUGUCCCCACCCAGGCCUGCCUUCAGGGCCUGGCAGACAGCUCCUCCACUCUCCCCCUGGAUGUUCAGGCCCUGUGGAAGUAGGCAGUUCACCCAAGGAGAGAGGAGGGCAGGCGAGGCUCUGGGGGCUGCAGAGAAGCCCCCCAGGGGUCAGGAUGCUCCCUCCCGUUUUAAAAAAUGUCAGACCCAUGUCAGACCAAGGAAGCUUCCAUUUCUGCAAUGGCUGGGCCUCCCUCCUCUUAAGUCAUCAGAUUUGCUUCCUUUCUUGUCUCAAGCAUGGCCUGAGGAUCUGGGGACAGCCAUGUGGGUGGGACUGGAACCCGGCUCUUGGAGCCCGGCCUGGGGUGGGGACUGCACUCGUGGCCUGCAGGCUGGAACCCUGGUCCUAGAUGUGAGCAGUGGCAGGGAAAAGGGAGGUUUCCCUCCAGCAUUCCUUUAGUAAUGCAAGGGCUGGGCAUAGUCUCAGAGCCCCUUGCUGACAUGUGGAUGGGAGGCCUGAGGGGCCCCGUCCCUGCUUCCAUAGGGGCCCACCUGUGCAGCGGGGAGCAGUUUGGGGAAGAAGCACUUGGCUCGGGACCUCGGUGCUGGAAGCAUAACAAGGCUGCUGACCCUAGUGGGGAGGGCAGAGGAGAUGAGGACUGGAUGGGGAAAUCUUGAGUGGGGCAGGUGGCCAAGCCAGGUGCUGCAGGAACCAAGGCCCCAGGUAGGGACUGAAGAACAGAGGAGGCCAGGCCGGGGUUUCUGGAGGGAGAGCAGAGGGUCUCCAUCUGGGCCUAUAAGUUGUAAGGGAAGGGGGCUGGGGCAGGGCCCUGGGUGGGGCUGCAGAAUCCACUGGCCUCACCCAAAUUCCUGGGGGUCUGAUGACACUGUCCAGGAUCCCUAACCUUGUCCUCAGCUCUACUCUGAAGGGGACUCUUGGGUUCCUCAGGAAGCUGGCUUGGGGGAGAGCCCAUUCCAUUGCCUGGGUGUGUUCUUAGUGGACGAAGGUGGGGCUAGAGACGUAUCUGGGUCCCAGGUCCUAUGGGUUUUGUGGCCAUUAUCCUCUAGGGUCGCUUCUGUAAUCUCACACUUCCUCCCUCACACUUCCUCUGCUGCAGCUUGGGUGGGGGUAGAAUAAAGUUCCAAGAUCACAAACUGUAAAAAAUGCUGACCUUCUGGGCAAGACCUGAGGCAUUAACCAUCACGUGGACCACCACACCACACUCCACCCUCCCACCCUCCCACCCUCUGCCUUUGUCCUUGGUAUCUCUGUAUCUGAUCCCUAACAUCCCUUCAUCUCCAGUGACAGCCUGUGACAUCUGGGGAAAGGCUGUGAUGCAGCACCUCACUGUGAGCUUCUGUUUGUAAAGAACCAUAAAGGCUCUUCUUGACUGGGCCUAGUCACUGUGUGCUCUUGAGAUGAAGAAUCCCUCCCUCCUAUGAAUUAAAGGAAAUAAACAUUUAAAAUGCACAUA